AUGGCUCCCGACCCUCUCCCAUUGCCCGCGACAAGACCCGGAUUGAAGAAGAUCGCACCGUAUUGGUACCCGUAUACGACCAUGGCAAAGGGCAGGUGGUUUGACAGGGAGAUAUUAGAGGUCGUGUCGACGGAGUUUCGAGACAGGUCGGUGGAAUACUACCGGUAUGCCCUCGAGUCUGGGGUGACUACAGUAAAUGGAAAAAUUGCGCGACCUGGGACUAUCCUCCGGAACGGAGACAGACUAGAAAAUAUUGUCCAUCGCCACGAGCCUCCUGUCACCUCAACCCCAGUCCAGAUCCUGCAUACCGACUACGAACGAGAAUUCAUCGUCAUCAACAAGCCCGGGAGCAUCCCCGUUCAUGCCACAGGGCGUUUCUUCUAUCUCUCCCUCGUUGAGAUUCUGCAACGCGAAUUCGGUUUCAAGAAAGUCUACACCGUAAACCGUCUCGAUCGUCUAACCUCCGGCAUCAUGGUCGUUGGCCUCUCCUCGAAACGAGCACACACCCUCUCCGAAGAAUUCACUGCUGGUCAAGUUAAGAAGGAGUAUAUCGCUCGGUGUAAGGGCGAGUUCCCGGAAGGGGAGACGUACGUCGACCAGCCGAUGCUUACGGUUGAUCGCCAGAUGGGUCUUAACAUCAUCCAUCCCGAAGGAAAGACCGCUCAAACCAUCUUCACUCGUCUCCACUACGAUGCAAACACGGACACGAGUGUCCUCCACUGUCGUCCCCUCACAGGCCGCUCCCAUCAAAUCCGUGUACAUCUCCAAUACCUAGGCCACCCAGUCGCCAACGACCCAAUCUACUCCGAAACCAAAAUAUGGGGUCCCAAUCUCGGUAAAGGUGGAAUCGACAUCAACCCCUCCGACGAACGUUCCGCUCCCGCGCCACCUCCCCAAUUCCAAACCACCAACGCCCCCAACCCGGAACAACUCUCUCGCUCUCCGAAAACUCAGUCCAUCGACCCUUGGUAUCCAUCCCACGAGAACGAUCUUUCCGCGGUGGACCCAUCGUCCUCGAAGGUGGCGUCGGACGAAAAAGUUGAAGGUGGCGAGCCUGUUUCGCUAGGUGCGAAGUAUCAAACUCAGCCGGUGGAAGUGAAACCUCUUCCGAGAGAGACUGGACAUGAUAUUGGGAUGGGAUCGCCCGUGCCGCUUUCGGCUGAGGCUGUCAAUGUCAUCACCAAACUGAGAAACAUGAAGGAUGAAGAUGAAGACUGGUCUCGUUGGCGAGACGUCGUCUUCAAAGCGAAGGGAAAGCUUCAUCCAUCAGGUUUGAAGAUCAAGCCACUCCAGCCGCAGAGUAAACGGAAACGCGGUGGCCCAGGAUGGGUGGAUGGGGCUCCACCUCCUGUAGAGGUAGCACAAGAAAGCGGAACCGCCACCCCCGAAGUCGUGGCGGAUCAGAAUGACGGUAUGCUGUACUGUCCGGAGUGCUAUCUGCCGUUGCAUCCGGAUCCGAAACCGGAGAGACUGUAUAUAUUCUUGCAUGCGUUGAGGUAUACGACUAGUCUUGGGGUGUUCGAGACGGGGAUGCCGGAGUGGGCGGAGGAGGGGUGGGAGUGGGAGAGGGAUGAGUGA